AUGGCCAAGCAAGUUCUUGAUUUGUAUGAACUUUAUCGAUUGGUUGUUCAACAUGGUGGACUUGUCGAGAUCAUCAACAAGAAAUUGUGGCGUGAGAUUACGAAAGGACUCAAUUUACCCUCAUCCAUCACAUCAGCCGCCUUCACGCUGAGGACACAAUAUCAAAAAUACUUGUACGAUUACGAGUGCGAGAAAGAAGGCUUAUCAAAUCCAGCCGAUCUCCAAGCAGCCAUCGACGGGAACCGGAGGGAAGGUCGACGAAACACUGGUGGUCCCUCAUUCGGACAUCCUCUCUACCCUCUUGGCCCGCCAGGAGCCGGCGGAUUGCUUGGGAAACACCCAUUGGAUUUCCUCGACGAUGACUCUGGCUUAGCGCCUCAGAAUCCGUUCAUGGCCGCUUACAGAGCUGAGCAAAUGAUGAUCGAGGCUCAGCAAAGGCAAUUGCAGAAUGAGUUCCGAGCAGCUGCUGAGGCGAUGGCAAGGCAAAAUUUGGGAUUAGCCGGUUUGGGGCUACCGGGAAUGAUCGGUGGGACAAGGCCGAGUGGAAGAGAAAGCACAUCAUCGGUGGAUAGUGAACAGCAAGCUGCAAAACGAGCUCGUCUCUCCACCCACGACGAGUCACAAUCGAUCCCCUCCCACACGAAUCCCUCCACUUCCACAAAUGGUCUCAAUCUCUCAAUGCCAGCAACAAGUAUCAAAAUUACCAGUAAUAAAGAAAAUGACUCAAAAUCGAUGGUUGUCUCAGUGGAAAUCGAUGGAAUCACGUAUCAAGGGGUUUUAUUUGCUUUAAAAUCGGUUAAUGAAGAAAAA